CAGGCGUUGAAAUUACAGUUUUGUUGGAUAUAGGCACGUAUAAAGUGAGUGUUCAUAAAUCGUUGGUGACUUUCUGUCUAAUACGUACAGGAAAAUGGCUGAAAACGAAGAUCAAACUGAUUCUGCAGCGCACGGGGAUGUGAAAUCAAAAAAACACUUUUUUGAAAGUAUGUCCUCCGGCAAGUCAAACAAACUGCCAACACGGAGUUCGCAGAAAAAGACCAAAGCAUCACCAAAAACAGAAACAGGCCAGAGUCAUCUUGCCGGAAAUCAAAGAGAUUGGUUGCCGCACGAUCUUGAAGUUUUUAAAAAGCCGAUGUGUUUAAUAAGCACUGAGGGUGAAAACAUUCUCAAAAUAGAAGAGCAAACUUUGGAACAGUUGGAAAAGAUCGAUCUUCCGUGCUGCGUGGUGGCCGUUGCAGGGUUGUACAGGACCGGGAAAUCGUACUUGAUGAAUCGACUGGCUAAAGCUCAUUCCGGUUUUGAACUGGGAGAUACAAUUGAAUCAAAAACGAAGGGAAUUUGGGUAUGGUGCAAAAUGCAUCCGGAGAAAAAGCAAACUGUCCUUAUUCUACUCGAUACAGAGGGACUUGGAGAUGUAGAUAAGGGUGAUCCCAAACAUGACAACAGAAUCUUUACCCUGGCAGCGCUCCUGUCCAGUACCUUGGUGUACAACAUGAAAGGGGCAUUUGAUCAGGACGCUGUCAAUAAGCUGACAUUUGUUUCCGAAAUAGCGAACAACAUUCAAAUUGGAGGCAGAAAACAUGUUGACGAUAUCGAAAUGAAGCUUUUUCUUCCAACAUUUGUACUGGUAUUGAGAGAUUUUGCUUUAAGACUCGAGAAACAAGGCAAAAAACUCACCCAAGAUGAAUAUCUUGAAGAUUGUUUAAAGAGCAAUCCUACGAAAGGCGAUUCAUUUAACAAACCCCGAGAAGCAAUUCGGACAUAUUUUCCUCAAAGAAAAUGCUGUACACUUCCUGCUCCUGGAGACUCGGAAGUCGUUGAAAAACUUGAAAAACUUACAUUUGACAAACUUUCGAAGCCGUUUCAACAAAGGACUGUUGAAUUUGUUUCAUAUGUGUACAACGAAGACCAUAAAAAGCUUGGAAUAGGCAAACCAGUCAAUGGGUCUAUGUUUGCCGAUCUGACCCGAAAGUACAUUGAGACGAUAAGAAAUGGAGGAGUUCCUGAUGUUGACGACACAUUUCGAAUGGUUGCAAAGAAGGAAAAUGAAAAAGUAAGUAGACAGGCAUUGGAAAAGUUUAACAAACUGAUGGAGUCCAUUCCAAUGCCAGAACCUCAAGAAGAAUUUGAAAAACGUUUGCUGGAGGCACAACUCAAAUCACUGGAAUAUUUACGCAACAACGCUGUUCAUGAUGAGAAUAAUGGAACGGAGGAAAUCGCAAAGGAAAAAAUGGACUUAGUUUUCAUCAAGCUAAGAUCAAAGAAUAAACAAUCAGUGGAAGAAAAAUGCGCAGUCACACUUACUGAGUUGAAGUCCAUGAAGCAAUUCCAAAAACAACUUGAAGCACAGAAGUAUGAGGUUCCGGGGGGCUAUAUCAACUAUAAGACAGAUGUUGAACGCAUUAAGCAAGACUACAUGGCAGCCUUAAAGGAGUUUAACACCGGAGAGGUACUGAUGACUUUUACAAGCUUUUAUCAGCAAAUGACAGACACGGAAAUGAAAAUCAUGCAAAUGGACAACAAACUGUCAGAAGAUGAAAGAAAAAAACAAACUGAAGAAAGCGAGAGAAAGAUGCAGUCUAUGGUUGAAAAAAUUAAAGAAGAGAACAAGCUAUCCCUCGAAAACCUUAAAAAAGAAAAGGACGAACAACUCGAGAAAAUACAAAAGGAACGUUUUGAGAAGUUUGAGAAAGAGACAGCGGAACUGAAGAGCAAAAUAGAAAGUUUCCAAAUAUCUGAAGAGGAGCGAAAACGGUUAGCACAACUUGAAAGAGACCAAACUGAGAAAAAGAACAUGUCCUUUUGGGGGAGAGUCAAAUGCGUUUUUACAGGAUAUUAAUUGCUUACAGGAAAAUCUCGAAGUUUAACAUUUUCUUAACAAACCUGGAUUUUUUCUAGAAUCUACAUCCAUGUAAAUUAAAAACAAAAACAUUAUAGUUCUAUUAAUUGCCAAAAUCAUGAGAUAAAAUACGUUAUUUUGGAACUGAUCGACACGAUAACAAUGCCGCAAAUGUUUUAUACCACUUUGCCUACUUUAAGAGUAUAUGUGCAUUAUCAAUCGUUUUAACUGUAAGUGAUUUGGGUUACAGUUUGUUUCCAGCAAUAUUUGAUCAACCGUGGGAAGACCGUGAUGUUGACGGUUUCAAGUGACUUAAGACAUCUACUGAUUAAAAGAAAACGUUGAUAAAUCCGAACCAGGAAGCACAAUUUAUGUAGAUUUUUAUUUGUUUCAAGAUAUACGUGGAUCUUCUUUCGUCGGUGUAUAGAUUAAGGGAAAUUUACGGUUUGUCAUUAUAAAUCUUUGGCCAUCUGGUUAUGAAAUAUAGCCAUUUUCUUGAGGAUAUCGUAUUGAUAGGUGCCUUUGCACACUUAAUUAUAAAUUCUGAAAAAGAACCACUGAGAAAAGGAAAGAAGUGUUCUAUUUAUAAUAAAAUAUAAUGAUACUGAUAUUAUAUCUAAUACAACUUGAUUACUGCUGUAAUGAUAGUGUAUCAUAAUUCAAAUUUAGUGUAGUGUUCUCACAUAAGCUUUAAGUGCUAAUGGUGGGCGUUUGUGAAAGUCCAUUGCUCAUCGUUCGUCGACCGUCGCACAUCGCGAAUGAUCAACGAUUUCUUUAAAUGACUUCACUUCUGAAAUGUGUCGCCAAUUUCUGGCACACUUGGCUUGAAGCUUUCCUGCAUUUACCUCUGUCAGGUUUGAUCGAAUGGUUCCUGUUCAAAGUACAUCAUAGUCAACGAGCAGUUCUUAGACAUUAAGUAUUUGAUAUAAAACACAAGCUAGGGUUAAGUAGGCAAAUUCUGUUAAAUUCAGGCAGCUGGGAUCAGCACCGGACCCGCACCGGGAAUAAUUACUGUCAUAGAGAAACAUUUGUCUGAAAUCAGCACAGAUGUUAUUUUAUUUUCCAUUUGUACUAGCUAGCUAGUUUGUUCAAGGUAUACCUAUGUGGUCCGGAUUACCACCUCCCGGCUCAACAGUUCAGUCUGAUACCAGAUAGAACAGCACUUUUAUAUUUAAUAUGUAUGCUAGCAUCAUAUAUGGGUCUUCUACCAAAAUUAAUGAAUUUGUUUCUCUGUGGUCAGGAUUAGCCACGUUCAAUUGUUCUGGAUUAUAUAUAUAUAUAUACGUUGCAAAAAUCUGAGAAUCCUUUAUGUUUGAACACAGGUUUAAAAGCGCCUUACAUAACCAAAGUUUGAAUAACAGUUAGUUAGUGUUUGGUAUAUUGCAUUAGGUUGCUUUAGCUGUAGGUCGACUACCAGUUUUGUAGUCAUAUCCUUUAGGUCAGAAAUCAUCGCUCUUAUCUGAAUUUGUACAGUAUAAUACAAAUAAUAACUUAAUGUGGCACAAAUUUGAACCAGUUUUUAUUUAGAUGGUUCUAACCACGGUUUGUCUCUUAGGUAGCCGAUCAAGGUCGCUCUGAAUCAUCUUCUAAAAAUGUAGAACGUAACAUUUUGUUCAUGUCGUACUUUGUACAUUUGAAAAAAAAUGCAUGAUGCGUAUUAAAUCCAUAUAUAACUUGUUAUUUACCAUUUGAAUUUCCAAUGUCAAGCUCUUCAACCUGUAAAUUGGUUUUGUUGUUUUGUUUUGUUAUAGUAUUAUAUGACCUUCGACCUUUGUAUUGGUUUCUAUUGUUUAGUUUGAACAAUAGUAUUUUAUGGUCUUGAAACCUGUGUAUUGGUUCUUAUUAUUUUGUUCUGUAAGGGUAUUCUAUGGUAUUGAAACGUGUGUAUUGGAUCUUAUAGUUUUUUUCUUUAAGGGUUUCUAUGGUCUUGAAACCUGUGUAUUGGUCCUUUUUGUUUUGUUCUGUAAGGGUAUUCUAUGGUCUUGAAACGUGUGUAUUGGUUCUUAUUGGUUUGUUCUGUAAUGGUAUUCUAUGGUCUUGAAACGUGUGUAUUGGUUCUUAUUGGUUUGUUCUGUAAGGGUUUUCAAUGGUCUUGAAACGUGUGUAAUGGUUCUUAUUGUUUUGUUCUGUAAGGGUUUUCUAUCGUCUUGAAACCUGUGUUUUGGUUCUUAUUGUUUUGUUAUGUAAGUGUUUUAUAUGGUCUUGAAACCUGUGUAUUGGUUCUUAUUGUUUUGUUAUGUAAGUGUUUUAUAUGGUCUUGAAACCUGUGUUUUGGUUCUUAUUGUUUUGUUAUGUAAGUGUUUUAUAUGGUCUUGAAACCUGUGUAUUGGUUCUUAUUGUUUUGUUAUGUAAGUGUUUUAUAUGGUCUUGAAACCUGUGUUUUGGUUCUUAUUGUUUUGUUAUGUAAGUGUUUUAUAUGGUCUUGAAACCUGUGUAUUGGUUCUUAUUGUUUUGUUUUGUAAUAGUAUUAUAUGGUCUUGAAACCUGUUCAUUGUUUCUUAUUUUUUGGUUUUAUAAAAGUAAUACUAGUAUAAGGUCUUGAUAUCUGUGUAUUGGUUCCUGUUGUUUUGUUUUGUAAUAAUAUUUUAUAAAUGUUUUUCAUUUUCAUAUUUGAUAAUGGGUUUAAACACCAAAGGCUUCACAAGAAAUAAGCUUCAAGACUCUCCUGCGCCAUCUUUGGUUUCAUAUCAUCAUCUACACAUCAUCUCUACUAAGCUCAUUUCGUUAACAACAACGAUAGUUAUUACAUAAUAUUUUAGUUCCUCUGUUUCAUUACUCUCAUACUAACUUAUUGUAGAUGUCCAUCAAACUGCAUCGUAUCUUUGAAAAGUUUUUGCAUUAGGUGCUCUGAAUUGUAUUCCUCCGUCUGCAGAUAGAGUUGGAAUCUCUAAUCAUUGAAGUACUUGGGGUUUACUUAUUAGUUUAUUAUUAUUUGUUUUAUUAUUAAGUGUCCUCAAGUUAAUGCAUAAUUUGAUAAGAUUUAUCUUUUACGUUUUUUCUUUAUUUAGGAUUGUUGCUAUAAGAGUGAGGUAUGUGCACGUAAACCGGUUCAAAUCCCCAGUAAAUUUACAUUUUACAGACCGUUCCAAGGCGGUACCUAACAAUCCUUGAUAAACAUACUUAGUGUUUUUUAUAUAUAAUAUAUGCACUGUGCUGUUUGUGGAGUUUUGUGCUGUUCUUCCAUGUUUCUUGUUUGUGAUUUUUUGUUUUUGUGUUCUAUGUCAUUGGCGUUUACCCAGUGCCAGUAAACAGGGUUUAUGUAAAAACUUUUGGCUACUGAGCUUGAUUCUGUAGUUUUUCACAUGUAUGUAUUCAUGUACAUUUACAUUUUACUGACCGUUCCAAGGCGUUACCUAACAAUCCUUGAUUAACAUACCUAGUUUUUUAUAUGGUAUAUAUGCACUGUGCUGUUUGUGGAGUUUGUUGCUGUUGUUCCAUGUUUCUUUAUUGUGAUUUAUUUGUUUUUGUGUUCUGUCUUUGGCGUUUACUCUGUGCCAUUAAAUGGGGUUUAUGUUUAAACUUUUGGCUAAUGAGCUUGUUUCUGUAGUUUUUCACAUAAGUAUUCAUGUCGAAUAUUAGAGUUCAUUUAAUGUUUACCGAUGAUUUAUAUGUGAAAUAAAAAAUCAUAUUUCAAAGUUUUAAACAGUGAACUACCAAUUUGAUUUUUUCACUGUUUUUAAAAUUUGAGUCAGCUCUCAUUUUCAAAUCAAACGUCAGAACGCACAGCGAUGGGACUCAGUUUCAAUUUGGCGCACCUUAAGGAAAAACUUCAAAUUAACUGUCAUUUUAUAUCCUUCAAGGAAUAUAAUGAUAAGAAGAAAUAUCUGUGUCAUAUUGCAAUAUAUUUCACCUAGCUAACACUAAAAGUUAGUAGUUCACGUUAACUCGCUUAAUACAGCUUUUGGUGCACGCUCGGUUAAAUAUAUUACAAUCUUACACUAAUACAAACAAUAUUCCACUAUAUAAUAUCCCAUAUAAACGAAUGUCGAAUAUCGCAUACAUUUGUUUUUAUACCCAUAACUUGAUGAAUAUAUGUAUAUAUCAUAUAACAAGCAGUAGGUAAUUACCUAGUUUCUACAUCGAGUGUGUUUUAAUCUGAAUGAAGAGAAAUGACAUAAGACAUGUUUUGGCAAUUUAAGCGUUUUGUAGAAGCCUACUUGUAGUGUGUCAGCUGUUUUAUUUGUUCAUUUGUUAUAUCCUUCUAUUUUCCCCAAACUAAUGACGGAUGUUCAUUGUGAUACUCAGUAGUAUUCAAACGCUUAUUUGUUCUUAGCUAAGCUUG